UACUCAACUCAAUUUGAGAUGUCGAAUAGCUCAAAAACAAAAAUGGAGUUCAACUUCUCCCUAUCCAUCAUUACUAUUUUUUCCUUCAUCCUUUUUCUGACAAUAUUUUUCAGAAAAAUUACUCGAUCCAAACCCGACCCGGAUUCGAAUCUUCCGCCGGGGCCGAAAAAGCUGCCGUUGAUUGGAAAUUUGCACCAGCUCGCCACCAGCUCGAAGCUGACGCACCAAACGUUAAGCGACUUGGCUGAAAAAUAUGGGCCGGUGAUACAUUUACAGCUCGGCCAAAUCAGCACCAUAGUGAUUUCAUCGGCAGAAGCCGCCAAAGAAAUCAUCAAGACACACGAACUCACUUUUUUCAACAGACCGGUAAACAUAGCUGCGGAAAUUAUAUUUUACAACCACUCGGAUUUGGCAAUGUCGCCGUACGGCGAAUACUGGAGACAGUUGCGCAAGUUCUACACCGUGGAGCUAUUGAGUGCGAAACGAGUCCAAUCGUUCCGCGCUUUAAGGGAACAAGAGUUCACAAAUUUGUGCCAAUGGAUCGCGUCGAAAGAAGGUCUGUCGAUCGACUUGACGGAGAAGAUCGGCUUCACUACUUGCGAUAUCGUAAUGCAGGUGUCGCUCGGGAAAAAAACCGACGAACUAAGAAAAUUCACAACCAUAGCCAAUAAGUGUGCCAAGCUUGCUUCCGGAUUCAAUAUUGCGGAUUUCUAUCCUUCGAUCGGAUUGUUCCGACGAUUAAGUCCGACGAAAGACAAGUUAGAGAAGCAACACGAAGCCGCGGACAGGAUACUCGAAAAGCUUAUCGACGAACACAGGUCGUCGACGAAGGAUGAGAGUAAACAACACGAGGACUUCGCAGACGAUCUUCUCAAGUUCAAUAAUUCCGGAAACCAAAUACAGCUGACGGACGCUAAUAUAAAAGGGAUUUUACUGGAAGUGUUUACGGCUGGAAUCGAGACAUCCUCUAUGACGACGAAUUGGAUUAUGGUCGAAAUGCUGAGGCAGCCGAGGGUGUUUAAGAAGGCGCAAGACGAGGUAAGAAUGGUUUUCAAGGACAAGGGAUUUGUCGACGAGUCCUGUUUUGACGAGCUCAAGUAUUUAAAGUUAGUCGUAAAAGAGGGCCUAAGGCUCCAUCCGGGGCUACCGAUUCUUUUUCCAAGAGAAAGUACGGAGCAAUGUGAAAUCUUUGGAUACAAAAUACCUCCGAAAACUCGAGUCUUGGUAAAUGCAUGGGCAAUUGGAAGAGAUCCCAAAUACUGGAAAGAACCAAAUAGUUUUAUUCCGGAGAGAUUUCUUGAUAGUCCGAUCGACUACAAAGGGAACUACUUCGAAUACCUUCCCUUCGGCUCCGGAAGAAGGAUUUGCCCCGGAAUAUCAUUUGGCCUCGCUAAUAUUGAGCUCGCUUUGGCGCUGUUUCUUUACCACUUUGAUUGGGCUUUGCCCGACGGAAUGAAGCCUGAAGAUUUGGACAUGGCCGAAGCCCCGGGCCUUACGUUGAAUAGGAAAGAACCAUUGUAUGUGAUUCCGAGAGUGAAGAUACCAUUGCGUAGCCGCAUGGUAGUAAGCGCAUAGCGAACUAUUCUUUCCGCUUCUACUGAAGGAAGUGAAAGAUAGCUUUUCCUGUAAAACGAAGACUUGAUGCAUAUUCAAUAAGAAAUUUGUGGUGUGAUUGGCGAGUG